UUUCAUUUCCCGGGUGGGAUCAGUUCAGUUUUGGUUCUAUACUCAAGCCCUAACGUGGCGCUGCUUGUCUUCAAACUCUGAAAUCUGACCAAAUCAAGUCCUGCUGCUGCUGCAGAUGCGGAUGGAUACACAAUACGUGUCUUCUAACUCUCAGGUCCUCUCAGGUGUACAGCUUUGACAAGUGUCCGCUCCAUUAACAUUGUAAACAUGAAGACCGAGAGGGAGGACAUCAUUCUGCAGGCUCUCCUCUUGAUCCACAUCCCUGUGGCCUGCCUCUUCACUGCAGUGUCAGGUCAGUCUGACAGCAGCAGCAGCGUGGUGGUGGCAGGGUACAAUGUGAGCGCCCCUGCUGGGUCGAGGGUGGUGCUGCAGUGUGUGAGUGGCCGCAUGGUGUGGACCAGGGACAGGGUGAGGGACAGGCAGAGGGUGGUCCACUGGGACCUGUACCGGGCCCAUCCAGACUACGCCAUGGAGAGGGUGCUGGACAUGUUCUCUGCGGGGGACCAGAGGAUCUACAACUCCUACAACCUGGGCAGGGUCGGCCUCAGCCAAACGGCCUUCAAGGAUGGAAACUUCUCCCUGGUCAUCAAAGACGUGACAAUGAAUGACAGAGGUCUAUACUCUUGUAACCUCCACCAUCUCUACUGCCACCUGUACGAGACAGUCAGGGUACAGCUCAAUGUCACUAAAUCCCGCCGUAAAGAACAGCGCUUCUGGGAUGGACAAAAGGCGGUGUAUGUGGUGCUGCUUGGCAGUACCGUGGUGCUGCCCUGCAUCAACCGACGCAAUGUGUGGACAGACUGGAGCGAGGAGGAGGAGGACCAGCAGGUGGUCCACUGGGACCGUCAGUCCCCAGGGGUCCGCCACGACCGCGCUGACAGGCUAGUGGAUCUGUACGCCUCCGGGGAGCAGCGUAGCUACGGGCCGCUGUUCCUCCAGAGGAAGAUGAACAUCAGCAACCGAGCUUUCUCAGAGGGAGACUUUUCGCUUUCCAUAUCUGAUCUGCAGCCCACAGACCAGGGGAUGUAUUCCUGCCACCUCCACCAUCAUUACUGUGGUCUACACGAGAGGAGAGAGUUUCAGAUCACAGUGGAACCACCAGUGAUUCAGACCACCCUGCCAGCCAAAGCACUGCCCAGUGAAGACAAAGACACCACUAAGGCUGAAUCACCUCCAGUCAUCAACGUUAUUCUGCCUGACCAGAGACACCACUUUCUUCUGCCGCUGGGCUAUGUCCUUACCUCCUUCCUGCUCCUGGCAUUCAUAAUCCUCAUCAUCAUCCUCAUCACACGCAGACGUAGAACCAAAGAGUUUUAUCCACAGACAUCCAUGAGGUCCAGCAGAAGUCAUAGCAGCUCAGAGGAGUUUGAGAUGGAUGUUGCUGAAGUGAAUGUGCGCAGCCAGGAGGAGAGAAGACUUGACUACAAGAACAACCUUCUGAAAGAGAAGGUCCACAUGAACUCUCAGCCUAAAGUCAUUGACCUUGACAAAGAGAUGCAGAAAUUUUCUAAGUGAGGAAAUCACAAAAAAGUGAACCUGGAGUCACUGGCUGGUCCAGAGGCUGCGCUCCAAACUAAACACUGCCUUCUGUUCUGGCAGGAGACAGCAAGAGAGAAAGUGUUGUGAAAUCCAGUAAAAAACAAAUAAACAGCUCACACUGAGGCCUCAUGUUUUCAAAUUGUCAGUAUUAGAGACAAAGAAAAACAGAUUUUGUUUUCUUUCAUUGUACUCAAACUAAAAAAAGACUGGACUUGGGCCUCUGUGCACGGCACAAUGGCGCCACCCAGAGGGGCUUAAACCAAGCCUUAACGGCUAAAUAAAGGAGCAAUGUGUGCAUAAGUUGAAUAAAGUUGACUCAGUUGUUUAUUAGUGAAUUUGAAUUAUCAGUUAUUACAGCUUUGAUUAUUGUUCAAGUAAAAAAAACAAAUUGAUGUUUUCAUUUUAACUUUGUUUUGCUCUUGUAUCCAUCACGGCUUAAACGACUGGGCUGAAGCACCACUGAAGCGCUACUAUCAGUGUGUACAGCUUCCUAGACUAUGAUUAACUCUAUGCUCAUUGACCAGCAAAGCAGUGUAUAUACAAAUGUUUUUGAUGCUCAGACUGUAUUUUUUGUGUGGAAUGUGCCUUUUUUUUUAUUAAAGUUUGACGCUGAUGUUUAA